AUGGCAUCCAUGCUCAUUUCUUUAUCUCAUUUCUGUGAUAAACAUGGGCCAAGAAUCUUACUAGUGACGCAAGCUGCUAUUAACGGUUCUACUGGUGAUGAGUUGCUAGUUCCCACAUAUCCAACAGAUUCGUACUGUGACUCGUGUCUACUACACUUCCCAAAAUCAUCUACGAAUGAUAUAAGGUCACUAAAAAGUAAUAUUGGUAGCCAAUGCUUUGUUUCUACCCAAUACAGUUCCAUAAGGUAUCAACUGUUAACGCAUAUUAUAAGAAGAUCAUUCUCCGAAGAGACUAUGAUUUACGAUGGGAUGCCCUUGGUAUUCUACGAUGAUAUCAGAGGUUUAAAUUUAGUUAUGGGGUUCAAAUUGAACGAUGAAAAUGCUAGAGGUAAUGAGAGGAGGUACUGUAUAAUUUUCACUAUUGAUUCUAAGGAUCACAAGUCCUCAAUGAAACUAUUAUCAGAGAACUGGAAUUUUAUUACUGGAGGUUUCGAUAAAAUGAUAAAAUACAUUUGCAAUUCACAUCGACAGGAAAUUGAAAGGCAGAAUAAUGUUAACGAUGAGAGGAGUAAUUUUAAUUUACUAGGUAGAACUUAUCUAAGAGGUAAUAAAGUGAAAGUGCCGAGAAAUCUGGCGGAACUUACGCAUGAUGAGCUUUUAUUUGUUAGAUUACACAAGUGGAAUGCAUAUCUGUUGAAUUCAUGCAUGAAAAGUCGAGUUGAAUAA